AUGUUUGUUAAUAGUUAUGAGAGUCUUGCUGCACCAGGCUCCGGAGAUCUAUCCCCAUUUUACGCCGAACAAGUUUUUCAACUAAAUUGUUACGUCAACGAGGCUCUUUUAUUCGAACAGAUAGUGGAAAAUAAGUUGGAAUCCUUAAAAGACCUUCUUCAAGAGACGCAAGUAGUGUCGGAAAAUGGCUGGCAAGCUAUGCUAAACGAAGAAAAAUUGCUGGAGAAAUUGAGUCUUUACGAAGAACAACUCCAGUUGAUGAAAAAGGUUCUUGAAGAGAAGUUCCAAAUAGAGCGCGCUGGAAAGGCCCUUCUAGACCGCAUCCUUAAUGAAAAAUCAGAGGCUCUUAGGAAAGCUCUUGAAUACGAGCGAUGCUUAGGAGAUGCGGAGCGAGAGUGUACUCAUUGGCGCACUGAGUGUGAAUCUGCUCAAGAAGCCUAUCAGUCGGUUUCUGUUAAUUUACAAACCAAGACAAAGGAGCUAGAAAAGCUGGAGCAAAAGUUUCAUGAAGCCGAUGGGGAGAAAACUGCUUUGCGUGCACGACUUGCCGCGACUCUACAAGAAUCAGAAGCUGCUAAAAAUGGACAGGAUCAGCUACGAAACGAACUAGCCCAGCUUCAAGCUCACAUUGAACAGCGGGACUCCUCUAUGCUAACUCACCUCAAUUUAAACAAGAUGCUCAGUGAGGCUUCAAAUAAUACUACCCCGGAUAUUUGA